UUUCACAGGCCAAAAUCACUUACUUUUUAUAUCUUGCAGUCAAAAGAUCCAAGGUUUCAUGCCCUUCCUCUCACCUCCCAAAGGGUGGCAGCAUUUUCUGAUACGGUAAAUGAGCUUGUUUAUGACGUUCUUAUAUCAAAAGUGCGGCAACGUCUAAGUGACGUAUCACGGCUGCCAAUCUGGUCAUCAGUAGAGGAGCAAAGUUCUCUUCCCCUCCCAAGCUUUAGCGCCUAUCCACAGGCCUAUGUCACUAGUGUGGGAGAAUAUCUUCUUACUUUGCCACAGCAGUUAGAGCCACUGGCUGAAGGUAUCUCGAGCAGUGAGUCCGGAACCGAGGAAGCCCAAUUUUUUGCUACAGAAUGGAUGUUCAAGGUGGCCGAGGGUGCAACUGCCCUUUUCAUGGAGCAGCUGCGAGGAAUUCAAUACAUUAGUGAUAGAGGUGCUCAGCAGCUAUCGGCUGAUAUCGAGUACUUGAGCAACGUCCUCUCAGCUCUCUCCAUGGCCAUCCCCCCAUUUCUGGCAACAUUCCACACAUGCCUCGCAACUCCAAGAGACCUGCUUCCCGCUUUCCUCAAGUCGGAUGGAGGAAGCCAGCUUGACAUUCCAACUGCUCACCUGGUUUGCAAGAUCCGUCGUAUUCCUUUAGAUCAGUGACUUUGCGUCGGAUUCCUUUAGCUCAGUGACUUUGCACCGCCUUAUGUCUUUUUGCUAAGAUUACUGGCUGCGACUUUUUUUCUUUCUCAAGUAUUUUUCUGACAUUGUAUUCUAUUAUAGGUUGCAAAUCAAACUGAACGAUGAAUGAUGGCUCUUCUUUUUUUUUUGGUAUGUUUGCUUAGGUCAUGGACGUAUGACCAUUUUCUCUGCUCUGCUGCGGAAGAAAGCAUUGCUUAUUGUACAGAUGAGCCUCUUAGUGCGCAUGAAUCCAUAAUUUGAUACUUGAAUUA